AUGUCUAAAAAGAGUUAUUUACCUCUAGUCGAGCGCACCAACGCUCUCCCACUGGAUCAAUUCAUCGAACGUUACGUCCCGUCAGAUCGACUCCGACUCACAGUGUCAAAAGACUCAAAAAAGAAGGCAGCAGACUCUUCGAACCAGUCUGCUGCUGGCGGAGACGAGCACAAACAGCAACAAGGCGAAAACGCCGUCGAUGCAAGCACCAACACCAACAUCAACACCGACAAUAAUAAUGCCGUAUACACUCUCGACAUCCACACCGCAGAAUCCAUCCCCGAAUCGGACUUUGAGGCCUGCUUCGCGCUCAUCGAGCUGACUUCGUCAAAGGACUACGCAAACUCGUCCAUCGGAUGGUCCCCGUCCAAGAAGAAGAAGGAGAUGCGACUGCCUGAUAUGCGGUACAUUCUUCUCCGUAGGGCGACGGCAUCAACAACACCACCACCAACAACAGAGGAACAAGACCAACAGCAACAACAACAACAGCAACUUCCAGGCUUCCUCUCCUUCAUGGUAACCUACGAAGACGGCAAGGAGGUCAUCUACUGCUACGAGAUCCACCUGCAUCCAUCGACCCAGGGCCGCGGGCUAGGCCGACAACUGAUGACGCUCUUCGAGGACAUCGGUCAGCGCGUGGGGCUCGAGAAGGCCAUGCUGACCGUCUUCCGCGCGAACGAGAACGCGGUGCAGUUCUACGACCUGCUCGGGUACGUCGUCGACGAGUCCUCGCCGCAGCCGAAGAAACUCAGGAAUGGGACGGUCAAGGAGUCGGAUUAUCUGAUUCUGUCGAAGAGGUUACGGGCGUAG